AGGCCGACACCACAGCACAGAGCCGGCACCCAGCGAACGUGGAAUUGCUGCAUGAUUUUAACAUGAAUAUAAUUAUUCCACCCCUACGGAUAAAGCCAUCAAUAUGUAAUUUUCGCAAAAUUUUGCCGAAUUUGAAGCAAAUCAUUUUCCCCGUUCCUUAGCUGAAUGGUAAGCUCCUAAGGAAGACGAAACCGGAAGUCGCUGCUCGGCUGCUUCUCCUUCAUUUAUCUGCUACAGAUCAAAAGCUUGAUUCCUAUUUCCCCCCCGCUAGGCGAUUACUUUCUCAUUGGCGCCAACCGGUCUCGUGACGUUUCGUUGUUCCCACCGCUCCCACAGUCCGCAAAGUUCCACCAGGAUGCAGCUGCAGAAUACCGCACGUAUAACCAACCUUAGUUAUUGGUUAAACUGGAGGGUCUUACUGUGUUCAGCUUCAGUUUUACUGCCUAUGAUUAUUGCAUUGUUUAUCAUAUGGAAGCGUGAAGGUUCACGCCAUUUGACGCCUGGAAAAGGAGAAAACCAACAAGACGGGAACCGGAUUUUAUGUGGUGAUGAAGCAUGGAAACCAUGCCUAAAAGAAAUUCACCCAGUCUGUUUGCUAGUUUAUCGAGUUGCUGCAUUCUUUUUGCUUGUGGUGACGUUAGUAGCUAAAAUUCUCACUAACACCAGUGCCAUUUAUUUAUACUACACUCAGUGGACCUUUACUUUAGUUACCAUUUAUUUUGGGUGUGCAUCUAUGAUCUCUGUGUAUGGGUGCCAUCAGUUUCAAAAAUCAAGAAGGAGCACCUUUAAUUUUAAUUUUGCUGGAACAGAUGCAGAGCAAGGGUCAAGGACACCGCUCUUGCAUCAGAAUUCUACAAAUCUGUCGUGUGAAAAUCGAGUUAUAGGCAUUUUGAGUUAUAUUAUUGAAGUUCUAUUUCAGACGAAUGCAGGGGCAGUGAUGCUUACAGAUAGCGUAUAUUGGUUCGUUAUAUUCCCAUUUCUCACCAUCAAGGAUUAUGAUUUAAGUUUUAUGACAGUGAACAUGCAUACACUGAAUGUUGUUUUGCUUCUUGGAGAUACAGCUUUAAAUUGCCUGUGUGACCUACACCUUUCAGCAACUGCCCUGGUUUCGGAUCUCUUUCUUUGUGCUAUGGACUGGCGCUUUCGUCAUUUUUCAGUGGAUUCUUCAUGCUUUUGUGUCAAUUUGGUGGCCAUAUCCGUUUCUUGAUUUGUCAUUACCCUAUGCUCCACUAUGGUACUUUGUAAUGGCACUGAUGCAUAUUCCAUGUUAUGGCUUGUUUGUGCUGAUUGUCGAUUUGAAACAUUAUUUUCUGUCAAAAUGGUUCCCUUCCUCUCAUCAACGCUAAAGAUUGAGAUUUUGAGAGUGUUUCUAGGAUGGCCGCCUCCAAACUGAAUUCAGCUUUCCUCACUGCAGAGUGCAUGGAUGAGUUCUUUUACGCACUCUUCCUACAACAAAGGAUCAUAUAAUCAAACAAAUUACUAACAUUCAUUCAAUAUAAUACUUGAAGCUUCCAAGAACUGAAUUUAACGCUUCUAACAAGCCAACUUUUUUUUAAAGCAGACGUUGAGAAUAAUUUGCAGGAGCAAAUUGGAGGAACAGCUUGUUUGUCCUGGUACUUUUCUUCCUUUCCUCUGUUGGAUCCACGGUCGCAGGUGUUCUUGCUUGUUCCCUGUAGAUGACUUGGUGAUAAUUUGUUUAGCCAUCGACUUCUCUACAAUAUGAGAUCUCUCUGUCCAUAGUUGUCCUUAGAUGGAAACAAAAUAGGAUGAGCAUGGUCACUUUGGGAAUUUCAGACAUGUAUAAUGUUGAGAAAAAUUAUUGUUGCUAUAUAUGUACUGUAAUAUUUGCCGUAUUUGGGAAGCAAAAGUUGCCGAGCAUUGAAUCUGUUCUUCCUUUUGUGUUCUUUGGAAAAUACGAUGUCAUUUAUAAGGGUGAAUGCCAAGUUCACUAAA